UCUGUUUUCGUUUUUGCAAGAGCCUUCCUGUAAUGAAGGCUCCAACGCUCUUGAGGAUCAUUGCUUCAAUCAAGCCUGUCUGCAUCGAGUCUGCGUCAGAUCUUGUUGUUUCAGGUACCCCCGUGGAGCUUUAUUCUCAGGGGACAGCUACAGGAACUCUGGUUUUGAGACUACACCCCAUCAAGCUGAAGAAGAUACAAGAAGGGACACGUGGAGAAUAUGAUAAACAGGAGGAAUGUCCGUACGCAAAUUUUCUAUAACAGGUUAUCAUCCUUUAAUAGUUGUCCAUAUAUUAGUGUUAUGCAUUCAUAUUCUCCUCUCGUGUGGCUUAAUUAA